ACAGUAUUUGUUUUUGGUAAUCUCGUUUUGAACAAAAAUUUCGAUGUGAGAUGGAGCAAAUAAAUGAAGAUGUUUGGAUAGAUAUACUAAAGUACCUACCAAUGAGGGAUCAGUUGUCGCUGGUCGAAGUCAACGAGAAUAUAUCGGCAUACGUGAAGUAUCAUUGGAGUCAUCUCAAAACAGUGACUCUGACCCGCGAGGAUCUGGAUUUUCUGGAUCGGAAUAACAAGCUGAUGCACGAAUGUCUGGGUGGCUGGUCGGCAACGGUGGAGCGUUUGAAUUUGCAAAGUGCCAGCAGUGAUCUGCUGAGAAAGUGGACGGAAUACGACUUUCCCCACCUCCGAUCGCUCGACUGCCACAUGGACUACAAUCUCGAGGAGGCGGACGAGGAAACCCUUCUGCUAACCGAGCUGUUCCCGCUCUUGACACGGCUGUCACUCAAUAGCAGCACAACAGGUCGUUACUUGUGGCACUGGAAGCAACUAAGGGAGUUGAAUCUCACCUGGUGUGAGUACCUGGACCCAGACCACUUCGAGGAGAUCUUUGGCAACCUACAGCUGACCAAGCUGACUAUGCUCUAUUACGGAUAUAACGUGAACCUAGGCGAAAAAGUUGUGGACAUAACGCGAUGUACCACGCUUGAAGAGCUGCACAUCGAUGACCACCAUUUGCUGGGUGAUUUCCUGCCCCGACUGAUGAAUCUGCCGCACUUCCGCCGCUUGGCCUUUUACACGCGAGACUACUAUGAGUAUUUGCUAGGUUCGGUGGCCAGGCACAAGCCGCUGAAGGUUCAAUCGCUUCUCUUCAACGACUCUUUCUGGAGCAGUGAACGGGUGGCGGGAAGUAUACUGCACAUGACCAAUCUUCGUCGGCUGGUCCUGCAGGAGGAUGACAUCGAUGCGCAGCAGCUGCACACCAUCUGCCACAAAUUGCCAAACUUGGAGGAGCUACACCUUUUGGCGAUGCGAGAAGUUCCGUCUCCCAGCCACCUGUGGAACUCUAUAGGUCACUGCCAUCUUCUUAGGAUUCUUAACCUAUCGUCUACCAAGCUGGUGGACCUCCGAAGCUCCUGCCUGACAAAAGUUCUGCUAAGUCGCAGGAUUCCACUGACCCUGCAUCUCCACAACACUGGAUUGGAUCCUAGUAAAGUUCUACGGGAUUUUGAUAGUGCCUCCUUGAAAAUCUCCUUUGAGCCGAUCCAUUUGAAUAUUUGGAGUCCGCGAUUUGUGGAAAUCGAAUUCAGUCCAGACUCGUAGUAGUCAUUUGAAAAGACUUAAAUGACAUUUCUACCUCAAUCCGUCCGGUAUACGAAUAUAUAUGUAGAUGGAGAUCCAAAUGAUAUAUCCUGAGUAAAAUGUUGUACCCUUUGCAAGGGUAUAGAGUCAAAUAGCUUAACAAAACCACAAAAUCUUUUAUCUGUCUACCUACCAAAAUCGUAUUAAAUUCAAGAAAAU